AUUCAGUGUGCUUUUAUGGUUCUGACGGGCACCGCUGACCUCGCACUGCUGCAGUCUAGGACUGAAAGAAAAUCAGCAAACAGAUGUUAUUUGGAGCUGAAGCUCAGCUACAGACAUGAACAGGUUUUACUCCAUGCAGGCCGUGGAGCCAGAGAACGGGACCAAAGUGAAGGAGUCCUUCAAGUUCGUGUCUGAGGAGAAGAGGGAUGUGUGGAAGGAAGGUGGAAAGGACAGAUCAGAGUCGUCCUGUUGUCUCAGUGUCAAGAACAUCUCCUAUACUGUCAGUGAGCGUGUGGGACCAUGGUGGGAUUUACCCUCCUGCAGGAAGAGAUGGACUCGUCAGAUCCUCAACGACGUCUCCUUCCACGUAGAUAGCGGGCAGAUAAUGGGCAUACUGGGAAAUUCAGGCUCAGGGAAGACAACCCUGCUGGACGCCAUCUCAGGGAGGAUAGGAAGCCACGGCACUCUGUUGGGUGAGGUCUUCAUUAAUGGGAGAAAACUGAAAAGAGAGGAAUAUCAGGACUGCUUCUCUUACGUCCUGCAGAGUGAUAACUUGCUGAGUUAUCUGACGGUGGAGGAGACUCUGACCUACACAGCUCAGCUGGCACUGCAGAACCACUCGACUGUAGCCAUCAAGGAGAAGGUGUCAGCAGUGAUGGCAGAGCUGAGCCUGAGUCAUGUGGCACACAGCGUCAUCGGAGGUCGCGUUUUCCCAGGGAUCUCUGGUGGUGAGAGGAGGAGGGUCUCCAUUGCCAGUCAGUUACUCCAGGAUCCAAGAGUGAUCCUAUUGGACGAGCCCACCACCGGCCUUGACAGCAUGACCGCCAAUCAGAUUGUGGUGCUGCUGGCAGAGCUGGCCCGACGGAACCGCAUCGUCAUAGUGACCAUCCACCAGCCUCGCUCCGAGCUCUUCAGGGUGUUUAGCAGGAUAGCGAUAAUGAGUCAAGGACAGAUGGUGUUCUGCGGGCAGCCAGAGGAUAUGGUGAAUUUCUUCAGCCAGUGUGGAUAUGAAUGUCCAGAGUACUGCAACCCAUUUGAUAUUUACGUUGACUUCACCUCGGUGGACACACGCAGCAGCGAGAGGGAAGCGGCUACUUUCAGCCGCAUGCAUGAGAUCACUUCAUCCUACCAGAGAUCUGACAUCUACCAGAACAUGCUGGACCUGAUGAAGCAGAGCCUGCAGGCAUCAGACAAACCAGCCAUCCCCUUUAAGAGCAAAGAGUCGCCCAACGGUGCUGCCAAGCUCGAAGUUCUUUUCAGGCGCACAGUGAGAAACCUUUCCAGGGACAGGAUGGGUGUUCUCAUGCGUCUGUCCCAGAACCUGAUCUACGGGUUCUUUGUGGCCUUCUUCAUCAUGCACCUGGACAUGAACGUCACCAAGGGAGCUGUGCAGGACCGCAUCGGCAUCAUCUAUCAGUGUGUGGCGGCUGUGCCCUACACUGGCAUGCUCAACGCCGUCGCGCUCUUCCCUCAGUUGCGAGCCGUCAGUGAUCAGGAGAGUCAGGACGGACUCUACAGCAAAUGGCAAAUGUUCUUGGCUUAUAUCCUCCACAUCCUGCCCUUCAGCGUCCUGAGUGUCGCCAUCUUCACCUCCUUUCUUUAUUGGACGGUGGGGAUGCAUCCAGAUAGUUUCCGCUUCUUGUGCUUCACUGCUGUGGUUAUGGUGCCUCAUAUUGUAGGGGAGUUCUUGACUGUGGUGUUAUUGGGAAUCGUCCAAGACCCUAACAUGGUCAACACUGGAGUGGCUUUACUCAACAUUGCAGGAAUCUUGGUGGGAUCUGGCUUCCUUAGAAGCACCCAGCAGAUGCCCCUGGUGUUCCAGUGGCUCAGCUAUCUGACCUUCCAGAAGUACAGCUGUGAGCUGCUCAUCGUCACAGAGUUCCACCAGCUGGAGUUCACCUGCAAUGUGUCUAAACCCUUACCAGGAGCUUGUAUGGUCACUAAGGGCGAUCAGAUCAUUGAUCAAGGCUACCCUGGCGCUCUGUCACGAUACACCUUAGACUUUGUUCUUCUCUACGCUUUCCUGCCCGCCUUAGUUCUGUUGGGCAUGAUUGGUUUCAAAAUCAGAGACAAGAUUGUGCAUCAUUAAAGCCAUAUAUACACUGAAGAACCCGGGCUCGUCUACAAUCAAGGAAUAAGGUUGUAAGAUUAAGUAUUUAAGAAUUAUAUCAGCAAGCUUUCCUGUUCAUUUCUCGUUUGGUCACAGCUUUAAUGGAUAGAUGUUCAAGGUGCAGGAGAUGUUUUACUGGAGCAUUUUUGCUAGAAAUGCCCUUCACAGAGUCAAAAUAAUGUAUAAUGUAAUUGUCUGUGAAAUGUGCAAUCCUGGAGAAACAUACUCAAAUUAUUGUGAAUACUUCAUUUUUAAUUCACCCAUUCAUUAAACUGCCCUCUGACCGUCCCUUGCCCCUCUGUGCGCACGAAUCACACAUUCUUGGCUUGGGGCAGUUAAACAGGACGCAAAGCCACAGCUGGGUUUUCUAAUGUAGCAGAUGGAAUGUCCCAUUCUGUUUGCAAAUUUAAUUGAAGGAGAUAUUUCACAUGUUCUGUUUAGGGUCUGGUUCUGUUGUUGUUGGGAAACGUUUAUGUGACGGACCCGUUGCCUGUGAACGCAGCUCGUCCUCUGAGGAUGUUUAGGUCAGGUUUUAGAAGUUUGUGGGGUUUUCCCAGAAUGGUGGUGGCACUGAGCUGCACUGUUGUUGAAGUUAGGAAUAAACCAUGACAGCUAACAACUGCUUUGUUUUUCACCAUGAAAACACCACACUACAUAAGCUAGCAUGCUAAAUUGUUAAAACAUUCCUGGUCACAUGAACGUAAUGUGUGUUUUCCCACGGGUGCAACGUUGGAAUGCUAAGUGUACAUCACGUUAGACAUAUUGGCAGAAAAUGUGCCUAAUGGUCAAAAACUUCAAUCUGAACCCUUUGAAACAAGCAUUCCUGUUUUCUGGAGACACAGAUUGGGAGGAUGAAGCCUGAACCAGUGAAUUUCCCCACUGUGGGAUCAAUAAAGUCUAUUAUAUUCUAAAAAAGCAGGUUGGAAAUGUAAAUUAUGUAUUUUAAAAAUGUAGCUAGCUUGAAUGUCAAGAAAAACAUCUUCUACUGCACCGUAGAGGCUCUCUGCAUACAAAAAACACCAAUUUAGAAACAUUUUCCAAAAUUAAAUGUUUUAUAAAACCAGAAAAGCAUUUUUAAAAACUAUAGGAUCUAUUGUUUUAUUAUGUUCUUUGGGUUGAUUAAAACAUGUGUCUCACAAAGAAGUCCAAUAAAAAACACACACAUGUAAAUAAAUAUAAAACGUUAACUAUA